CGGCCAGGGCGAAGCGCUAAAUUUAGCGUGCGUAGCUUAGUCGGCACCCACAAAUGUUCCAAAGACACGUUCGGUUUUUGGAAUCAGUGUACAUCAAUCUCACCGUUUGAUUCACCUCCGUCCUCCUUCAGAAUUCGCCAAUCAAUAUUCAAAAGUGUACAAACGCGUAUUCGAGUGGUUCCAAAGCGUCUCAAGUAUAAAUACUGGGCUUCCAGCUCCCUUCGACUGAAGUUUGACGCUUCUUACACGACAAUAACCAUUUGAAUGGCCUGCAGGAAUAUUUCUGAUUUUUUGUGUACAAAUCUUGAAUCAUUGAGAUGACUGGAUUAACUCUGACGUUAUUCUUGCUGGCUGCGAUUCCAAUAGGAUCUGCCGCGCCAAAACCCCUGAAAAUCGGAGCCAUAUUUCACGAGGAAGAAGAGGCCAACUACUUGGCAUUCAAUCGGGCUCUUGGUGAAAUACGAAAAAACGCAAUCAUACCGAGCUAUCAGCUUCAGCCGACUAUCAAAUGGGUGAAUGCCAGCACGGACAGCUUCGAAACAUACCUUGCAGCUUGUCGUCUCAUUGAGCAAGGGGUGAUCGCCAUUUUUGGGCCUGGAAAUUCAUUCACGAGCGAUAUCGUCUCCAGUGUUACAUCGCGAUAUGAUAUUCCUCAUAUCGAAUAUAUUUUUCGACGAGUCGAUGACACCAGCUAUGAUAAUACAACUAUCAAUAUGUAUCCAGAUGCAGAGAUCAUCGCGGAUGCCCUCGCCGAUCUUUUGAACAUCACGCAUUGGCCACAGUUCACUGUGCUGUAUGAAACGGACGACGGACUGUCACGAUUACAGAAAUUACUGGAGAAACACGGCCCGCAGGACUUUCCUGUGACAAUACGACAAUUGAAUCCAAGUUACGACAAACUUACGAAUGAGCCGGACUAUCGGCCUCUGUUGAAGGAAGUGGCCAACUCGUCCGAUUUCAAUGUUAUUCUUGACGUCACACCUCCAAAUAUAAAGAAAGUUAUCCAACAGGCGCAUGAGGUCAAACUUCUUCAGGAUUAUUACCAUUACCUGAUAACAGAUUUGCAUUCUCCCACGGCCAUGAUGGCGGAAAUUCUCAACAAAUCCAGUGCGAAUGUGACAGUCCUACAAUUACUAACCGACGAAAUUACUGAAUUCGAUCUGACUACGGUGGAAAGCGCAGUGCUUUUUGACGGAGUUUUCCUCCUCAACGAGGCUUUAGAAAUUUUAAAAAAACGUAGCGAGAAUGAUCCAGAUGAGAGUGUAGAUAUUCAGCCAGAUUCAUACACCUGCAGUAAUCCUGAAAAAUAUCCUGCUGGGCCCAGUCUAGUGUCUCUUAUGCGAGAGGUAAGGAUAGAUGGAAGUGUGAGUGGGCCAAUAAUCUUCCGCGAGAAUGGCGGAAGAUCCUUCCGGCUGACAUUCACAGAAUUUCAUAAUCAAAGAAUUGCCACAUCUGGUUAUUGGGACGACGGACAGUUAAAAGUCGUCAGUACUCAAGAAGAUCGUGAAGCUCAGGCGCAACAAAGUAUCGAAAAAAGAAUGUUUACAGUCACCACGAGAUUGGGGGAUCCCUACGUGAUGGAAGUGUCAGACGGAUCUGCGAGAGGGGCCCCAUUUAUGGGGACCAAUAAGCGUUAUGAGGGCUAUGCUAUUGAUCUCAUCGAUGAGCUGUCACAAUUACUCAAAUUCAAAUAUCAAUUUGAACUUGUGCCGGAUAACGAAUAUGGAAAGGAGGAUCCUGAUACAAGACAGUGGAAUGGUCUCAUCGGUCGCCUUUUGCGACGAGAAGCUGAUUUGGCAAUAUGCGAUCUCACGAUAACAAAAGCCCGCGAAACAGCUGUUGAUUUUACAAUGCCAUUCAUGGAUCUGGGGAUUAGUAUUUUAUUCGCAAAAUCGGAAAAUAAAGAACCGGAGCUUUGGUCGUUUCUUUCGCCAUUCUCGGCAGAUGUUUGGAUAUACAUGACUACGGCUUACGUUGCCGUGUCUGUCUCGCUUUACGUGCAAGCCAGGAUAGCUCCCGGCGAGUGGAACGCUUCUCAUCCGUGUAAUUUUGAACCCGAGGAACUGGAGAAUGAUUUCAACAUGAAGAACUCACUGUGGCUGACUGCUGGAUCCCUUGUACAACAGGGUUCAGAUAUUCUUCCUAGGACCCCAUCGAUUCGCAUGGUAGCCGGCAUGUGGUGGUUCUUCAUUCUUAUAAUGGUAUCUUCUUACACUGCCAACCUCGCUGCCUUCCUCACGGCCACGAAAAUGGACGUGUCUAUUAGUAGUGUCACCGAACUCGCUGCCCAAACGAAAAUCAAGUAUGGAGCGAUAAAGGGUGGCUCGACAGCCGGAUUUUUUCAGGGGUCGAACAGUUCGAUGUAUCAGAAAAUGUGGGCAGCAAUGGUGGAAGCCAAGCCCAGUGUAUUCACUAAAACCAAUGCGGAGGGUGUAGAAAGAGUCGCUAAGGGGAAGCAAACUUAUGCUUUUCUCAUGGAGUCAACGGGUAUUGAGUAUGCUAUUGAACGAAAUUGCGAUCUGAUAAAAGUCGGCGAUCUUCUCGAUAGCAAAGGAUACGGAAUCGCCUUGCCACCUAAUUCGCCAUAUCGCACUCAGUUCAGCGAAGCCAUUCUCAAACUUCAGGAGAGGGGUGUCUUACGGCAGUUGAAGGAGAAAUGGUGGUUGCAGGGGAGCAAACAGUGCACGGCAAAUAAACCGGAACCAUCUUCGGGAGAACUGACUAUGGCUCAUGUUGGGGGUGUUUUCUUGGUUUUGGUAUUUGGCCUUGUUCUGGCCUUUGUCUUCGCUGUACUUGAAUGCAUUUGGAAUGUCCGAAAAAUUGCUGUUGCGGAGAAAAUUACACCACUCGAGGCAUUUAUCGCUGAAUUCAAAUUCGCUGUGAAUAUCACGGCCCAGACGAAGCCAGUUAAAAUAUCAAAAUCGGGCCAGAGUAGUCGCGGUUCCGCUGAGGAAUUGACAAAUGCAGUUGUCGGGGAACGCUCGAUGGGAGGAUCGUAUCUUCAACUGGAUAUUCUAGAUAAAAUAGAUAACAACAGAGCUGUUCUGAAUAACCGGUCUGGUCGCUCGGACUGAUGAGCGUAUUCUGCGAAAAAUCAAUCAUCACGAGUGUUCGAUACAUAUCGACGGAUCUAUUGCUAUUAAGAUGUAAAUAAUAAAAAAAUCCUCCCCAUGGACCAGUUGGAUGGGUUUCGAUCGAAAUGAGCGGCGUCGCUCCCCCCUUCCCCUCUAAUCCUGUGACGUAAUAUUGGAACGCUCCCCUAAAGCCAAAUUUAAACAAUUGCAAAAUUUAAUAAGUUGAAUUAUUAAGGAAUCAUAAAUAACCAUAAGUCAGCGAAAAAUUAUUAUUUCGUUAUGACUCCGAGAAGUUAAUUUAUAAUUACAAGAGAGUAAUUUACAGGAUUGACUUGUAAUUAACAACAAAAAUUAAAAGGA